GGAAUAAUAUGUUGACUCAGACUGCAGAGUGAAUUGGUUAAAGGCUACAUGAUGUCAAGUGCCAAAGAAAAAAAGUAUGCCAAGCGCAUGCGGCAUCAACCAUCCAAUGUAAGUUUUCCAUCUAAUUUUGGAGAAGAUCAAAGAGAGAGACCUCGUCAUAAUGAAGGCCGAGCAAGCGGUCACCCUCACAGGGAUGGCCAGUCUGGUCCUUCUGUACAACACCAAAGACCACACUAUCAAUCGAUUAAAGGAAGGGGAGGACACAGUGAUGCACCCCAAAUUCCCAAGUAUAUAACUGCAACCAUGUUUGCUCAAGCACGUGCUGCUGAGAUCAGUGCAAUGGUUAAAGCUGUCUCUCAAAAAUCUUCCAACUCCCUGGUGUUCCAGUCCUUGCCAAGACACAUGCGUAGGCGAGCUAUGGGGCACGACAUCAAGCGAUUACCAAGAAGGCUGCGGGAGAUUGCCAAAAAAGAGAUGGAAAAAUCUGUGCACCAGAAAAAAGAGCAGUCUAAAGCCAAGUGCCGUAAAGCACGGAGACGUCAUGGAAAUAUACAGAUGGAGUUUAACCGGAGACAACGGAAGAACAUUUGGCUGGAAACCCACAUAUGGCAUGCAAAGAGGUUUCACAUGAUUAAAAAGUGGGGAUACUGCCUGGCAGACAGGCCUACAAUGAAGAGCUACAGGGCUUGUUAUCGAGCAAUGACCAGUCAUUGCCUUCUGCAGGAUUUAUCCUAUCUCUGUUGUCUGGAGUUGAUAGGCAAAGAAGAGGAUCUCUUAAAAGCUUUGUCAAGACUUACUAGCACUGACACAGGUCCAUCCUUUGCUGCAGUACCUUGUCUGUCCGGAAAGCGUCAAGGUUCCUUGGUUGUUUACAGAGCAGAUAAAUAUCCAGAGGAAUCGCUGGGUCCAGUUACGUUUAUCUGGAAACCGAAAUGCAGUCUUGAGACGUAUGAGACACGACAGCUGUGGAUUUGGGUUCACCCAGCUCUUAAACAGGAUAUACUGAAAGAACUUAGAUAUGUGUGCCUGUGUGACGAGAUACCUGAUACUGAAGUGUGUCAGCCAAAUCCAGACCUGGAACCAGCUUUACAGCCAGUAGAGCGAAAAGAAAGUUUAAAAGCUGGAAGAAGAAAGAGGAAAAGACAAGAUAAGGAAGGAGAGCAAGCAGUGCCCGUGAAAAGGAUUAUUGGUGAUGGCACAAGGGGUUCUGUUGAACCUUAUAUAUGGACAUCUAAAGAUUCAUCUAUAAUUAUUCGGGAUCUGACUAUGGAAAUGGUUAGGUAUCGGCUGAUUGGUCCUCUGUCUCACUGUGUACUCACUGAAGCCCUGCGUUCUGCACCCAUACAUAAAGAAAUUGAAGGUACGGAUGCUGGGCCUCACGGCUGGUGGGCUGAUUAUUGUAGGGACUCUGAAAACCUAAAUAUUCAUAAUCGUCAGACAUCCAUGUUUCAGUUGUUGCAAGCAAUCGAAUCUCCAUCUCAAAUCCCAUCUGGCACUGUUCUGGGUCUCACACUUGGUGAUCCAAGACUAAAUUUGCCAAAGAAGAGGACAAAAGCUAUGCCUGAUCUCAAAAACUAUGAAGACAGAGAAAAAGUGAAAGCCAUGACUUUGGAAGGUGUUCCUGUGGACUGUGCGCAGAGCCUUAUUUGGUCUUCUGAUAUUCGUUCAAACGCGACUGAAAAGAAAAUUUCGGAGCAGGAAAUAAACCGUCUAAAGAGUGAGCUGCUUGUACCUGGUUCACAGCUUGAUCUCGGCAAUAAUGAAAGCAAGAUUCCAGUUCUCUUAAUACAGCAGCCUGGAAAAGUUACUGGUGCGCAUCGGAUACGUUGGGGAAGCGGGUGGGAUAUCUGCUUACCCAAGGGAUGGGGUAUGGCCUUCUGGAUUCCUUUUAUCUAUAGAGGUGUUCGUGUUGGUGGUCGUCUCCAAGAAUUGCAGCACUCACAAUAUAUGGGAGCUCCAUAUAGUCCCAAUGACUUCCCAGACUGUCCUGCUGGUGUUCUGUCGGGGAAAGAGAUGGAGAAAUCUUUGCUAGAUAAAUACAAAAGACGCCCACCAGCAAAGCGGACCAACUUCAUCAAGCACAGCAUUGUCGCACCUUUCUUGUGUCCUUGGGAGCAGUUAACCGCAGAAUGGGAGGCAGAUGCCAAAGCUGAUCCUGUGCUUUCAAUAUAUAAGGGGAAAGAGGUAGAUGAACCUGAAAGGGAAGAGGCUGAAUCUUCAGAGGUGAAAAAUGUGGAGUCUGAAGAUACUACCUUGGAGACUUGUUUAUCUGUCAAUAAAGAUAACGAACAAGCCCAGGAAAUAAAACCUGAAACUCGCAUGACUCAUUUCUCUGUAUUAAGGAACAAGAGGAUUCUGAAGCAACUCUCAUCCUGGUGCCUUCCUACUAAACAAUAUGGUCAGAGAGGUCAACAAGCCUCCAGUUCAGCUCUGGUGAUCGAUGUGGUAAAGCCAAUUUUAGACGGUUUCCCAAGGUCUUUAGUGUGGGUGAGAAUAUCUAUGUUGUUGAAAGGAAGCCCUGAACUCCAUGCUCUGAUUUGUAUCCCCACUCGUCAAGACUUACAACAGCUGAAAGAAGUGAAGUCGUUUUCAGGCCCACAGGAGAACAAGCACAGUGACCCAUUCAAGAAGAAAGUUUUGAAACUUAAGAAAGACAAGAAGAAAGAAAAGUUGAAAAUCAAAAAAUCUGGUGCUGAAAAAAACGAAUCCAACGUAGAAAUAUCACAAGAUGAUGAUCUUACUCUAGGACUGUGGCCUAACCCUCUCCCUAAGGUCACCACACACUGUAGUAGAGUUCUGCUUGGGUUUGUAACCCAUGGGAACUUCUCUAUGGCUGUAGGUUGUGGUGAAGCUCUAGGUUUUGUUAGUUUAACUGGCCUCAUCCACAUGUUAUCCUGCCAGUCCACAGACCAGAGAGGAUUGGUAUUACUUAGAGAUCCAUCCUCGCUGCAAUACAGAUUUGCCAAACUGUUUAUAGAUACGUGAAACAUCCCACCUAUAAAAUAGAAUGGGCUAUAUAUAAAGAAUAAAUCUGGCAUAUCUUUAUAGCGGCUAUAUAUGAAUAUGAAAUUAUUUUUGUUCUUUACCAUUAAUAAUAGUUAUUGUUUUCAGAUUUGAUAAUGUAUAAUACUACCAUAUGCAAAGAGAAAAGGUCAGAACAUGAUCGUUUAUAUAAAAAUAGAUUGUAAAUAGUAAAAUAACAAUAUGCAAGAUCUCUAAACUCCAUAUUGUACAAUACGGUGUUAUGUAUAUUGUAUAUCUAUAAAUAAAAACAUAAGCAAACUGUCA